AUGCUGGACACCUUUGUCUUGUUUGUGUACGGCUGGAUUGCCGGGGCCAUCGCCUUGCCGCUGUGUUACCUCUACGGCCUCGAAAAUCUCAUGUGGCUUGUACAGUACAGCAACAAGAUCCUGCUUUCCCUCUACGUGCGCCUCUCCGGCUGCGACAUCGCCCUUACCCGCCUGAGGCGGGCAAACUACCACGAGAGCGCCCUUAGCUACACCUCAAUGAGCACGCUGGACACGGUGGAGCUGGCGGCGCCGCUGCCGGAGGAGACUGGUGUGUCUUCUGUGCUGCACACGACGGUGUGCCGCAUUUCGUACCCGAGAGCGGGCAAAGUUGUUGGCGCGGUGUACGACUGCCGGUUGGUGCUGAACGACAGGCACCUGCUGGUGUACCAGGUGCAGAACUCGGAGGGGGUGGGCAGCCACGAGCGCGUCAUCACGGUUGAGCGGCUGCAUGGGCGUGUGCGGAUCGAUCGCAUCGUCGUGCAGCCCUCGUUUGUGCCGCACAGCGGCCGCCACGGGGCGAAGGCGAGGGCGUUGCACGGACAUGUCCUGCACAUUCGCGCCUGCGAUGACGGACCUUUGUUUGAGGGUGACCGGGACGUGCUGGAGGACUCCAUGUCGGAGCCGUUUCGCUCCUCUCUCAGUGGGGGCUCCGCGAGCCGCAGUCGCGGCAAACACCCCAAAGGCAGCGUGGUCAGCACCAGCGCGGUCAUGGGUUCCACUGUGAGUCCCGGUAGCGUCGACAGCGACACGGACCGCGUUUCCGACGCCACGCACACCUUCGUUGUGAAGUUCUACUACCUGUGGGAGCAGGAGCGGUGGCAGACGCUACUUGGAGCACCGCAGGAGGUCGCACACUGGCGAGCCUACCUGCGGACGGUCACCACACCCGAUUCGUUCAACCUCUUGCUCACGCGUCUCAUGCGGCAGAACAUGCGCAUGACGGCGCUGACCAACUUUAUUGGCAUGAAACUGCAGAAAAACUUUGAUGAGCUGAGCCUGAAUAAGUUCCCACGGGAGCUUGGGGGGCGCAUCCUUCUCGACGACUUCCUCAUUGGGGAGGAGGUGCCUAUCUUCAGCAAUGUGUCUUCACCAAAGCUGGUGGCAAAUGGGGAGAUGGUCUUUGACUUUGAUGUGCUCUACCGCGGCGGGGCCACGCUGUGCCUGCGGCUCAACCUCACCUACCGCGGCUUUCGCAUUCCGCACGUGGUGCUCUCCAUCAAGAUUAUGCAUCUUUCGGCGCGCGUGCGCGUCAGCGUGGGGCCGCCGCCCAGCAAGGUGUUUUGGCUUGGAGGCCUCUCUCCCCCCGACCUUCGCGUGGAGAUGCACCAGGGCGUUCAGUCCGGCCGCGGCCUCCUGCACCGCAUCCUCACCUCCCUGCCGGACCUCAGCUUCAUUGCGACUAACCUCAUCAAGCUAUACCUUCUUCAUGACAUGGGACUGCCCGCGCUGGACGACUUCCCGCUGCCGAGCAUAGAAAAGACGCCGCCGUCGUCGCCGCAGGGGGCCAGGCGGAAGAUGUGGGACAUUGGCUUCAACCGCCACAACGCCGCGGCGCACAGCCACGGCCACGCCAAAGCCACGCCAGUGAGGCCGGAUUCGGUGGCGGUGGCGGCGGCGGUGGCGGAGGGCGCUGCAGCAAAUGAUCUUGAGGACAAAACACGCGCGGUGAGCGCUCGUUUUGGCUGCACCACGCCUUCCGCCACCGGGGUGAACGCCCUGUCAUCCGACGUGUUGGAUUUACCCCAAAUUGUUCGGGGCGACGAAAACAGCACCAGUGACGUCAAUACUGCCAUCACCGCAACCCCGGCUCUUGUCCGCGGCGGCAAUUGCACUGACUCCGUGGCCCUCACGCCUCCCUCCUCACUCCCACCGAACUCAGAGGACGGGCGGAGGCUGCGACUAAAAUCUAAGGCGCGUGAGUUGAUGCGGAAGGCUGUCAAACGCGCCACUGGAAUGCCCGACAUUGCUGCCAGUUUUUUUUUGUAG